CAAUGGAAUCACCAAUAAGUUACUUAUUCUCCUGAGCAAACCCACAGACCAAUCCUGACAGUUCCUCUGGCAAAAAUUCCCCUGUUUCUCAAUGCCUGCCCCAAGGAAGGGCUUCAGGAUGUCACACAGUAGCUGACUCUGUCCAGAGCACAGUGGUGGCUAGGACCCAGCAAGAGCCUGGGGAGGAGUAGAGAGGAAGACAAGCAACAUAAUUUAAAGCAGACACUGUCCCAAAUAAGGUUAUUUCCCUGAAAAUGCCUUCCUUCUGAAGUUAUGAACAAGCUUCUAGGUGUCCUGAAUGGGUGAACAUGAAGCUGAAGAAUAAUUGCAUCGACACCAGGACUGAAUCGAUUUUGAAGAGCUGGAUAUGCUUUUUAAAGAGAUGAUAAGCAGUGUUUGGGGAUGCAAGAAGCCCUUGAAACAAGAGCCAUGAAACUGUACAUCUUCUUCUUCCUGGCAGUGCUGAACAAAGAAACCUCUAACUAUCAACCCUCAGAGGGGACAUCCUGUGAAAUGGCAAACUCUCAGGCAUUUUGCCACAACAAAGACCUCCACCAAAUCCCUCAUGAACUCCAUCCAAAUGUAAAUAAAAUAGAUCUGUCGGGAAAUCUGAUUCAAAGCAUUCCUGAAAUGUCAUUAUCAUUUUACACUUCCCUUCAGUGCCUGGAUUUAAGCUCUAACCAGAUAAGUUUCAUCAUGCCUGGAGUCUUUGCACACAUGAAGAACUUGCUGGAAAUAAAUUUAGCCAACAAUCACUUACAUGAGCUUGCUCAAAAUGGCACAGAAGGGAUUGGACUCUUACCCAAGGUGGAAAUACUGGACUUGUCCCACAACAGUCUGUACAAUGGGAUGGCUGAGUCUUUCAUUAAAGAAGCUCCAGCACUGCAGUAUCUUUCCUUGGCAGACAACAGUAUUAUAAUGGUAUCACAAAAGAUGUUUCAGGGAUCUCCCAAUCUUGUGGAGAUAGAUCUUCAGAGCAACAUCAUCAUGGAAAUACAAGAAGGUGCUUUUGAGACCCUAGUGAGCCUGUCCAAACUCAAUCUCUCAAAGAAUUCAAUUACGUGCAUUUCUGAUUUUAACCUCAGGCAGCUGGAGAUACUUGACCUUAGCAGGAACAGCAUUGAGACCUUCCACACCACAAAAUCAGAUGAUGAAUAUAGGUUAAGGUAUUUGGAUCUGAGCGAAAACAAACUGUUUCACUUCCCAGUGUUCCCUCAGGUAAAUAAGCUGGUAACUCUGAAUUUAUCAAAGAAUUUAAUCCAGCUCACUGCUGAAUCCCCUCAUAAUAAAAUGGACUAUGUGAAAAAUGAAUGGCCAAAUGCUUCUUUCCAUUUUCUUGAUCAGAAGCAAAGUAGUAACAAAAGUUCUCUUUAUUUAUCCCAGCUUGUAUAUUUAGACUUAAGUUAUAAUGAAAUCAAAUCCAUUCCAGAUGAGUUCUUUGAAUCAAUGUUGUCCCUUCACAACCUGAAUCUCAGUAAAAACUGUCUUCAGGCAUUUGCAGUAAGCUAUGACAGUGCACUGAUCUCUUUAACUGUCCUUGACUUGAGCUACAAUGCUUUGCAGAACCUUCUCCUUGACGCUGGUGCAUUGUCAAAUUUGAAGGAGCUCUACGUUCAAAACAACUAUCUUCAAACCCUGCAGUUUGACAUCUUCUCAAAUCUCCCUAGUCUUAGACUGCUUAAUCUACAGAGCAAUAAUAUCAGCCUUUGCAGCAUGUACUCAGGAUUAGCUAAGCAAAGACUUGCUGGAGAGGAGAGUGGUUGUGUAUCAUUUGUCGGUUCUCCUGCUCUUCAGUACUUGUACCUGGCUGACAACCUGCUGAACAUCCUACCAGCCUACAGCUUCUACAAGACUUCUGUGGUUGUCUUGGACCUCUCCAUGAACCCUGGACUGCAAAUAGAACUUAAAGCACUAUCGGGUCUGGAAAAGUCUCUGGAAUGUUUGUAUUUAUAUGGUAAUAGCCUGAUAGAUUUAAAUAUUGACUUGCCUUGUUUUAGUCACCUAAAACAUUUAAACCUCUCUGAAAAUCAGCUGGACUGGCUGCCUAAGUGGGGUAGUGACUCCCCAGUAGAAGUUCUGGACCUACGGAACAACAGGUUCAGUACGUUACAGAACAGCAAUAUUUUAGCAUUAGAAAAUUCACUUAAAAACUUGUAUCUCACUGGGAACCCACUCAGCUGCUGUGGGAAUAUCUGGCUUUCAUCAAUGAUCCAGAACAAAAAUGUCCACAUCCCUAAUGUGGAGCAUUUAAUGUGCCAGCAUACUCAGAAUUUCGGGUACCAGGAUGAAAUGCACAUCAGGAACAUUAGACCAGAAGACUGUGAAAAAGAGGAUCUGAAGAAAAACUUCCUUAUUAUAUUAACAUUUGUGUUGGUUUUAUCUGUGAUCAUCAUUGGUGUGGGUUCAUUUUUUUACUCCCGCAGGCAAAACUUUACCCAUCAGUUUAAAGCAUAGUAACACAAAAUGCCUUGAAAACUGAAGAAAUCGGGUGCUACACUGACAGUGUGUAGAAGUGAAGGGUAAAAUUCUCAUCUUUGAUUUUCAGCUGUGGAUUUUAAAUGCUUUUGAAGUGCCCCUGAAUUACACCAGUGGUAUGGGUUGCAGGGACUGGAAGGAGAAUUUGCCGUGUUUUGCAGAUCCAACUCAAAGAGGAGAAAUUUGGCCCUUGUGUGCAAUAUAUAUUUAACUGAGUUUAAUGUGAAGAAAGCCAUCUCUGGGGUGAAGGCUUUUUUAAAAAAAAUCCUGGAGCAUGAUUUUCAACCAACUAAUAUUAGACUGAAAUAUUUGUAUUUCUAAGAAAAACUGUUGGAAAAUUGCUGCAUAUGAUUGUAUUUCAAUGCAUAAGAAUACUGUAUCUAUUUUUAAAGGCCACAUGAGGUUAGACUGCAAAAAGGUGUUUUGAAGAUACCAGUGUGAAAUAAUGCAUAGGGAACACAGUCCUGGGUCAUUAUUCAGAUCUGUCUUUAAACUUUCUUUCCUCCAAAAUGUAUUAUUGUCUAGAGGAUGUGCUGCAAGAAAAGUUCCGUAGGUCCUCAUUCUGUGCUGUGUUUAACAUGGUUAGCCUAUGGCGUUGCUAAAAGUUGACACUGACAAAUGUUAUGUUCCAUACUCUCUCAGAAAAUUCACCCUUUUGAAGGGAACAUGACAGUGAGUGGGAGCCUGACCCGCUAACAGGGUUCAGUGGCUUUGAAAAGGAGCUAUAUCAGGUCUUCUGUUAAUGCCAGGAACUGUCCAUUCAGGCACACAAGAGGAAUAGUGGUCACACUGAAACUCAUCCAGGUAAAUAACUCAGAGUCAAAUUGCUGCUUCGUUUCUGUUUCCUCCAGCUAGUGAAUGUCAAAACUACCACACUACAAAAAGGUGUAUAAUUACAUUUCUUAAGUAGUUAUGUAUGAAAGUGGCUGGUGGUUUUCAUCACGGAAUUUUGUACAAUAAAAACAACUCCAUUUUGUAAAAAGCACAAGGCUGUGGAUAUAUUAAAGCACCAGUUUGGAAUGCUCCACAGAUAAAAAGAUGUCUUCCUAUUUUUCUAUGGUAUUUGUACUCCACUUUAGACCUUUACCUUCUGGUCCUGAAGUAGAGAAAGCUGCUCCAUAUUAUAGAGUACAACGAAUGGAGAAUAAGGAAAUGUACUGGAGAUGUAGGCAAGAAUUUGGAACAGGUUGCCCAGAAAAGUUGUGUCUGCCCCAUCCCUGGAAGUAUUCAAGUCCAGAUUGGAUGGGGUUUGGAGCAAUCUGUUCUAGCAGAAGAUGUCCUUGCCCAGGGCAGGGGAUCGGAACAAGAUGAUCUUUAAGAUCCCUUCCAAACCAAACCAUUUUGUGAUUUCUGUGAUCCUAUGAAUUGGAACAAACCAUCAGCAGCAAUAGGGCCUGAUCUAACAUUUAUGAAAGCCAAUGGCUCAAGCACUUAAUCUUGUAGGAGAGGGCUUGCACAAGCAGCAAUGCCAGGGAUUAGGUGGAAGCUCAAAAGCAAGCCAAGCUGUGCACCCGGAUCCUCAUUUGCCACCAACUGAGUUCAUGGAUUUUAUGUCAAGCAUGGCAAGAUUAUUUCUCGUGCUGUGAGAGCCAGUAUUAGCUUGGCUGUUGUGACUAGAAUUAGUUAAUAACCUGAUGAGAGAGCCAAACCCAUUUAAUUAAUGAUUUUAACACUAUUGUUUCCCUCUACAAAAAGCAAGUGCUUGUUAUUACUAAACAUCUGGGAGUAAUUAGACUUCCACUGACUUCCCUGGGAGCAGAAAUAGUUUUUGGAGGACAAAGUCUCAGAAGUAAUGUGCAGCAUGGCUCAUUUGGAUUUUUCUGUUAGCAGCAUAAGCAACCAAGUACUGAUACGAGCCUGCUUCAUCCAAUUCUUUUACUCUGAAUGAGACAAGAAGCGUAAGGGGAAGAAAAUAUGAAUAGAUUUAUGAAGAGAGGGAAAACAGGAAAAAGGGAGCUCUACAUUACAUAGUUCAAAAAUUAUUCAGAAUAGGGAUAUGUGGAUGACAGCCCCACCUCUUGCCUCUCCUGUGCUUCCAAGAAGACCAAAUACCAAAGUACCUGACCCUACAUCAAAAGUAGCCAUCACUCAGACAUUGCACAUCUUUCCAUCAGUCCAAUUGUCCUAGCAGGUUGGUGUCAUGGUUUAAAGAAGCAGAAUAUGAACCCUAUUCCAGGGGAAUCAGGACAGUAGGCAUGAUACAGCCCAUAAUUUUGCAAGCAAAAUUGACACCAUCAUUAAUUUCUUUUUCGUAAAGUCCUUGCAAAAACCUUUGUUGAUACAAAGAGCUCCUUCUGCUAAGCUAAGGGAUAUCCUUCUGUGAUUCUGCCAUCUGUAAUAGAGCAUUUGGGAUUUAUGCAGUCAAUGCAAACUCUGUUGUCUUUAAGUUGCCACAUGCAACAAAUGGCUUCCCUUCUGCAGCCGUCUGCAUGGGACAGGACAAUAGAAACACAGAAUCCUAAACUGGUUCGAGCUGGAAAGCACCUUAAAGACCAUCUCAUUUCAACCCCCUUGCUAUGAGCUUACUAAGCCAGGUUACUCAGGGCCCCAACUAACCUGGCUUCGAACACAUCCAGGGACAGGGCAGCCACAGCUUCUCUGGGCCACCUGUGCCAGGACUUCACCACCCUCACAACCGAGAACUUUUUCCUGACACCUAAUCUAGACCUCCCUUCUUUCAGUUUAAAACCAUUGCUCCUUGUCCUGUUACUCUCUGUCCGUUUAAAAAAUCCAUCUCUCUCCUUCUUAAAAACCCCUUUAGGUAAAGGAAGGCAGCAAUGAGGUCUCCCUGCAGUGUUCUCCAUGCUGAACCUCAGCAGUUCUCCCUUAAGCAUUUUCUACUACAGUUUGCUGUGUUUUCUUCCUGAAACAAUCCUCUGUAGUGGGAUCAAGCAGAUGUAAGUACUGGAAGCACUAGAAACACUCCUGGAGAGGGUCCCUACAAGUUCAGCAAGUCAUGAUUCUCAUUGGUUAUCCAUGGAAAAUCAAGUCUCAGUUUCCAGAAACUUGAUUUUUUUUUUUUCUGCAAAGCCAAGACAAAAUAACUCCAUCACAGGAUACCAGUCUCUGGCCACAAAUUUCUGCUGGGACCCUGCUCAGCCCUAAACUAGCCAUGAUGGAUUAGUAUACAAGACAGUAAUUGCUUCCUAAUAUUUUGGGAACUCAAAUAUUUCCUCUCCCUAUCUAUUCCCCAUGUCAUUCAGUACUCUUUUCUUUGCCUGUGGAGAAACAAACUGAAAUUAAAGUAUCAGUAACCAGUGAAAUGGGGUGAAACUGAAAUGGGAAGAAGAAGAAACUGAAAAUGCAUGGAAGAACAGGAGAAUCUGUCAGGCUAUACUACAUUCUUUCACAAGCAAAGACAUUUGGAGGCUGAUGCAGUGUGAUAUUAAGCAAAAUUUUGGCAAGUAUAAGGGAACAAUUUUGCAACGCUGAAUCUCUCUUCUCCCAGGCUGUUGCUCAUGGCUCUUCUGCUGGGUUGCAGAACCAAGUUAGUUCCACAGAUUCCCUCCUCCAGUCAAUUUCUAGCAGCUGUCGCAUCAGACACAUAUUUGGGUGACAAUGGGAGAACUGAUUGCAGCCUUUUCAUACCUAAAGGGGGCUUUAAGAGUGAGAGGAAGAGUAGCCUUUUACACAGGGAAAUAGUGACAGGAAAAGGGGGAACAGCUUUAAAAUAAGAGCAGAGAUUUAAAUGAGAAGUUCUUUACUGUGAAGGUGGUGAAACACUGGCACAGGUUGCAAAAAAGCUGUGGAUGCCUUAUCCAUGGGAGUGUUUAAGGCCAGGUUGGAUGGAACUUGGAGCAGCCUGGUUUAGUGGAAGGCAUCCCUGUCCAUGGCAGGGGUCUGGAACUAGGUGUUCUUUAAGGUCCUGUCCAACCCAAACCAUUUGACAACUUCAUGAUUUUCCAGUUCAUAAGCAGUAUACUCUAUGAAGAAACAUUCUGGAAGGUGAUUAUAGAAGAGAUCCUCUUUACUGUUCCUGACUUUCCCAGAAAAGGAGGUGGAGAAGGGAGUCCCUGGUCCUGAAGACCAGUGAAGGAGAGACUUCCAUUUUCAUGUAGAAAGCCCACCAAAGAGAAGAAGGCUUGGAAUGGGCAACUAGGCUGGAAGCAUGGCACAAGGAACAGAGAAGGGGAAUAAGAAUAGCUAAGCCAGGAAUUUGGAAUCCAAAUUACAGAAUCAAUGACUGAUUAGGGUUGCAAGGCACCUCUGAAGAUCAUCAAAUCCAACCCCACAGCUAGAGCAUGUUCAGCCAGAGCAUAGUGCAAAGAUCAUAUCCAUGUGGGUUUUAAAGAUUUCCAGUGGAGGACACUCCACAAUCUCUCUGGGCAGCCUAAGGAUGACUCUGUCAUCCUUAUAACAAAGAAUGGGGAAGGAAGGUCAGGAUUAAAUUAGAACCAGAAGCAGGAACUAGGCUUGUUCAGCCUGGAGAAGAGAUAGUCUUGAGGGGAAAUAUUUGGUCAUUACUGGAUGGAUAGCUACAAGGAAAAGCAUCAGCUCCUCUGAAGAGUAUUCACUGGAGGGACAAGAUACAACUGCUGAGACCUGCAGCUGGGGAAGUUCACAUUAAGCAUAAAGGAAAAAUUCUUCAUGAUGAGAGAGGUCAAACUCUGGAAAGGCCUUGGAGACGUUCAAACUCAUCAGGGCAAGGCCCUGAGCAACCAAUUCUGACACUGAAGUUGGCCCAGCUUCAAUCAGGGGGCUGGAUUGGAGUUCUCCAGAGGCUCCUUCUGUUCUAAAUUUUUCUCCAAAUCUUUGGAAAACAAGAAUGGUUUUAGCGCUUAGGUAAAGAAUGGAGUAGCAGAGAAACAGAGCCUGUAACUGACAUCUGUUUCCUGGUAGAAGAGAUUUGGCAGAAGUGUCCAGCAAGAUGGCAAAAGUGGCUGAUGAUGUCAGAUGUCGACAGAGCUAGUCAGUUAAUGGAAGUCUCAGUUCACAUAAUAUUUUCUUUUUUUUUCCCCUCCUGAAUUUUGUAUCUCAAAACUAAAGUUAAUAUUUCCAAAAUUUUCCAUGAAGACUCUGAAAAAUAUGAGGUUGGCAAAUGUCUCCUUUGCAAGGCCAGAGCUUCAAUUUUAAUUCAGAUAUUCCUACUGCUGAAAAAGCAUUAAAAAAAAAAAGUCUGCUUUUAUUAUAUUUGCUCUAGAGAAGAUAAUUAAAUAUUUCAAUCAGCAAAUGCUAAAUAAUAUUCCUCCCAGUUUUCACUAAAUUAAGCAGAGAAGGAAAUAAAAAUAAAAUAGAUAUAAAAUAUUAGGCUGUUAAAAUUAUAUAAAUCUUUUCAUGUUUUAAAAUAUCAAUUAGUGUUGGAACACAGGAAGAACAUAAAAUAAAAUAAUGGUAGUUACCUUUUGAAAUUCCAGAAGAGACCCAUCAGGUAAAAUUUUCAUUCACAAAUAUUUUAUGUCAUAGAAAUUCCUUCUAUCAUGAGUACUUACAUUGUAAUUAAUGCUUUUUAAAAUAAUAUUUACAUGUUUUUUGUCUCCACUGCCUUUCACUUUAAAAUGUUGUUACAAAAUAUUCUGACAAGAAGCAUAGAUUGAAGAGUUUCAAAUCCCCAUUUUCACUGAUGGUUUACUCUUGGAAUACACUUUGUACCAGACUUUAGCAUAAGUUUCUUGCCUCACAUAUGUGAUUCAAGACUGUGUCUUUUCUUCAAUGUGUCCCUAUGUUACACCACAGGCAUCAGGCAAGUAAUUGAAUUGUUAAAAUGGACCCAUCACCCCUAAAUCAAGCUCCUUUCCUGUUCAGAA